CUUUUCUCUUUUUGUCUUCAGUCUGUGUAGAUGCAGAAUUACAGAGAAACAGUGUCUCAUCCUGACUUCAGCUCUGAAAUCAAACCCAUCACACCUGAGAGAACUGAACCUGAGCUGGAAUAAACUAGGAGACUCUGGAGUGAAAAACCUCAGUGAUCUACUGAUGAACACACAAUUCAAGCUGGAGAAACUAGAUCUGUAUGGAUACAGUAUUACAGAGAAACAGUGUCUCAUCCUGACUUCAGCUCUGAAAUCAAACCCAUCACACCUGAGAGAACUGAACCUGAGUGUGAAUAAUCUAGGAGACUCUGGAGUGAAAAACCUCAGUGAUCUACUGAUGAACACACAAUUCAAGCUGGAGAAACUAGAGUUAGUAUCAUUAUACUGUACAGCAGUGACAGUGAGAUUAAAGUUCACUGUUUACUUUCAUAAAGUCACCAUGAAAUUAAAGUUGACAGUUAUUAUUUUCAUGGAAUAUUGCAUUGAUUAA